UUUGCGUGACGUCACAAAUUCAACCCGUCCCAAAAUGUAUAUAGUUCAUCUUGAAGCAAGUCAACGACGAAUGUUGGGACGAAGGCACUGGUGUUUGUAAGCUUCUCUGUAUGUUCGUUUUGUUUGUUUGUUUGUUUUGUUUGUUUGUUUGGUUUGUUUGUUUGUUUGUUUGUUUGUUUGUUUGUUUCCAAUCCUUGAACAAUUCUGACGGGGUGACGUCAUACCACUUAAACCCGUCAAAGAUAUGAAAUAAAAUCAUGGACAAAAGUCCAAAUGAUGUGGCUGUUGGGACACGCGUAGACGUGACGUCAAACGCCCUCCUCUCCACUCCUCUCCUCCCGCGGUCACGUGAUACUUGACAGUCGUUCUGUCCGCAUCCCCGACGCCGGUCUCUCCGCCCGCAUCUGCGCAGGCUCACGUUGAUCACCAAUCAUGAACAAGGUGGAGGCCCACGUCGUCGCUCCCGGUGUCCCGUCGUCUCCCGCCACCGUUGCCAUCAUGGCACGCGUGGAUGAGCUGGCGGUGGCGUACCGCGACCUGGCGGCUCUUCCCCGUGACAAAGCCAUCCUGCAGGUAGAGCGACCUGACCUCAUGACCUACCAGCCUCACCUCAGCUUCUCGCCGCUGGACCCGCCGCGCAGACAGCGCUCUCUGUCUCCGCCCGCCACCUCGCCGGCCAUGUCUCCGGAGGCCAAAGGGCGGCGAGCGGAAAGUGACGGCGGCUCCCCCGGAGGCUCCACACUGCAACUGCACGCCGGACGCAAAGUCGGCGCCGGCCUGCAGCACUUCCACCGGCCAGAUAACGAGAGCAACAUCUACACAAAGCCUCCCAUCUAUAAACAAGAAGGUUCCAAACUCGGUGGUGGCGGCGGCGUCAUCCAAGCGGCCAAGUUCCCCGCCGCUCAGCCCCCCGACCCCACGCAGCCGUCCAAGAUAGAGACUGACUUCUGGCCCUGCCCCCCGUCGCUGGCCGCCAUGGAAAUCGAGUGGCGCAAGAAGAAAAUGGAGCAAGCGGAGGACAAUGUUGAGGAGCUGAGCGACGAAACCCAGGAGCUGGAAAAGAUCAAGUCCAACUUGGGUCGCCUGAUCCUGCGCCGGGAAAAGGAGACAGGCGUCAACCCGGGCUUGGUGCGGAAGAAGCCCGAGCCGGCGCACCCGCCGCACGCCAGCGAGAGCGCAGGCCUGUCGGCCGGCGCGUCUCGAUCGCCGUCGCGUUCCGCCUCCGGGCUGAGCAGAAGGCAGUCGGCCGAAUUUUCCGCCGCCGCCGCUGACGAGCCAGUGGCACAGAACGGCGAGCCGCAGCGCCAUCUUCGUCUGGACCGCGGCACAUCGCUGCCCAGCAUCUUGGAGCGCAAGGUGUAUCCCUACGAAACGCUGGUGGUGACCCACAGGGGGCGCUGCAAGCUCCCUCCCGGAGUGGACCGAACCCGACUGGAGAGACAUCUGGACCCUCAGCAGUUCCCCCAAGUUUUCGGAAUGAGCGCCUCGGAAUUUGAGCGCCUGUCGCUAUGGAAACGGAACGAACUCAAGAAGAAGGCCUCGCUCUUCUGAGAGGAAGUGACGUCACACACACGCAUACGCAGAGCUUGCUAUGCGCGCGCACCCACGCACGCACGCAGGCAGGCAGCCAGGCAGGCAGACAGAAAAGCUCCCCAAACACAUAGCGCCGACGUACGCAAGCAAACAUGCCCUCAAUGCCGAUGCUUACAGCUGUCAUGUGAACGCGCGUUGACAUAUACGGUACAGAAUGCACGCGAGGUGAUGGGUUGCCAUGGCGCAUGUGACAUCAUCACUCCCGCAAAGGAGCAAGAGGAAGUGGCGGUGGCGGCGGCGGCAGCAGCAGCAGCAGCAGCAGCAGCAGCCCAAAGCGCCCGACGUCUCGCCACCACCACCACCACCUUUGAGAUUUUUUUUCUGCUAGUGGACUCUCCCCAUAUGCGUCUGUUUGCUCAUUGAUAUCAACGUGUGCGCGCGCGCGCGCGCGCUCUGUAAUAAAGACAAGAAAUCACAACAA